AUGAGUUCUGUUCUCUUCCUGGUUGAUAUCAUUGAAUACUUUGCUAGUAACAAAAAGAAAUCACAGUUGCCAAAAGGUGUUGUUGAAAAAUUCUACUUCCAAGGCUCCCAUGGAAUUCCAACUUUCAGAUUAUUAAAAUACAAGAAAGAGAGGAUAAUUUGGAUAAGAGGAACAAAGGUUACAUCUUGGAAUGAUCUCUAUAUUGAUUUUAAUGGCUUCGAUAUUCCAUUCCUUGAUGGAUAUUGUCAUCAAGGAUAUUUUGAAGGAUCGUACAAAGUUUAUGAUAUGAUUUCAUCACUUCUCAAGAAAGAUAGAAAGAUCACUUGCAUUGGUCACUCUCUUGGUGGUGCAUGUGCAACAGUUUUAGCAAUGAUUUUAAAGUAUCAAAAAGGUUUCACAGAUGUUCAUGCACUUACAAUUGGUACCCCUGGUAUAUUAAGUAGUAAUUUAGCUACUAAAUGCCAAGAUUUUGUUACAACGUUUGUCAGACAAAAAGAUCCAAUACCAAGAAUGUUUAAUUGCAAGAAGAAAAUAUACCAAGUAACAAAUUACAAGCUUCCUGAGAACUUCGCUCAAUGUGAGGAAGAUACAAAUGAUGAAAAAUCUUAUUCUUCAUCAGAUGAACCAGUAAAUAUAGAAAACAAUGACGGAUCAAUUGGUGAUAGAGUUCCUGGUAGAGUGAUCGUCAUUGAAAAGACAAAGAAUGGACCUAACUUAAGAAAACCAACUCCAGAUGAUUUUGUUUUUAAGAAGAAUAUGAGAUUUAUGUCUCAUUGCCAUCUUAAAUACCACAGAGAUUUGCAUCUUUUCUAUGGAAAAGGUGUAGAAGAUGAAAUGAACGAAGCUGAAUAA